AUGCGCGUCGUUCUAACAGUGCUGAUCUUGUGCCUCGCUGACCACUGUAGUGAAGGAUGUAAAUCUUACUGCCUUGACCACUGUAGCGAAGGACGUAAAUCUUCCUACGCUGACCACUGUAGUGAAGGACGUAAAUCUUCCUACGCUGACCACUGUAGUGAAGGACGUAAAUCUUCCUACGCUGACCACUGUAGUGAAGGACGUAAAUCUUCCUACGCUGACCACUGUAGUGAAGGACGUAAAUCUUCCUACGCUGACCACUGUAGUGAAGGACGUAAAUCUUCCUACGCUGACCACUGUAGUGAAGGACGUAAAUCUUCCUACGCUGACCACUGUAGUGAAGGACGUAAAUCUUCCUACGCUGACCACUGUAGUGAAGGACGUAAAUCUUCCUACGCUGACCACUGUAGUGAAGGACGUAAAUCUUCCUACGCUGACCACUGUAGUGAAGGACGUAAAUCUUCCUACGCUGACCACUGUAGUGAAGGACGUAAAUCUUCCUACGCUGACCACUGUAGUGAAGGACGUAAAUCUUCCUACGCUGACCACUGUAGUGAAGGACGUAAAUCUUCCUACGCUGACCACUGUAGUGAAGGACGUAAAUCUUACAGCGCUGACAACUGUAGUGAAGGACGUAAAUCUUCCUACGCUGACCACUGUAGUGAAGGACGUAAAUCUUACAGCGCUGACAACUGUAGUGAAGGACGUAAAUCUUCCUACGCUGACCACUGUAGCACAUAA